AAAAAAUCGAUCGAAUCGAAAUAUUAUAUUUAGUUGUAUUUUUAAACAUAAAUCUUUAAUUAUUAUAUUUUUGAUGCUAUUGCAGUCGCCAUUUAUAGAUUAUCAGACUGAAAAUGUCAAAAAUAACGAAACGUAAACAUGUUGCGAAGGAAGUGGAGGAUUUAAGUAUUCCAACAAAAUCUCAAUCGAUCGUCAAAGUUGUCGAAUCGCGAGGUAACAAUCUCCAUGAGAUUGUAAACUCAACUGGUGAACAGUAUCUUGUAUCAAUGCCAGUAAAGUUUAGGCGACAUAUUUGGAUAAAAAGAGGAGAUUUCGUAUUAGUUGAACCCAUUGCCGAAGGCGAUAAAGUAAAAGCAGAGAUAGUUAAGAUAUUAACACGAGAACACAUAAAAUGGUACCGUGUACAGAAGUGUUGGCCAUUGGAAUUUGACGAAGUCUCGAGUAAAAAGCAACCUGAAGAAACAAUGAAAGAUAAUAAUGACGAAGAAGAAGAUAUGGAAAAAGAAGACCUUUUUGUAAAUACAAAUAGGAUAAUAACUUAUGUUUCUGAUAGAUCAAGUGAUUCGGACACGAGUUCCGAUGGGUCCAACUAAUAAUUAAUAUAAGGUAGUUUGUAAUAUUUUAUAAACAAAUUGUAUAUAAAUCGAA